AUGGAGUUUAUUCGUGGUUUUGAUCCUGAAGCUUUUGCGCCACGCAUGCAUUAUAAAACCCGGAACAGUCUAGGCAACAUCGUCAGCUCAUACCCGUACCACGUCAACGUCCCGCGCUUCGAGCAAUGGUCCCGUGCCCUGAUGGGUGUCAACCGAGAAUCACGCGAGGUGUUCUUGUCUUUCUACCGCAUUACAAUCCCAACGCACCAUCUCAACGGAGACCCGGUGGGCCAAAUCUACGUGAACCCGGACACCGACAUCCUGGAGAUGCAACUGGAACAGUUCACACCACCCGUGGCCUUGGUGGCGUUCCUUCACGACGCCCUGGCAAAUGACCCAGCUGGUCGCGGGAUCUCGCACCUUGCGCUGGGGAGGGGUCUCGCGAAUAUGCAGAGGCUGCUCUACGCCACAUCCUUGCCAAAAAGUGAGGACGGCGGCAGUGCCGGGGCGCAGAAUCCUUUCCGCACCCACAGCCCAUCACUUCCGCUACAUCCAGUCGCGGCGGCGUUCAUGAGGGAAUGGCUACAGACGGGCCUGCGCACAUUCUACAGCGUUGUUCAGCCGGUGGACGGCUGGGAAGGCAUGUAUCCGCGGGCGAACGGUGGGGGUCGAUUCCACCUGAACCGAUCGUUGCCGUUUGCCGCGCAGGGGACUUUGGAACAGGCGACAGAGUAUUCUUCUGUCGGUCCCGAUCCCAGGCCUGUUGAGGAGGGGGAUCUGGCCAGCGUUGUGGUUCGCGUGGAUCCGAGAGCAGACGUUUAUUCUUGGUACUGCAUCCUCGACAAUCUAGGAGUGGACAGGUCCAAGAGCGUGAUGCAGAUCCGCUACCUUUUGGCGACGUGGCCGUUGAAGUGGAUUUGCAACACGCAUGGAGGAUCUCAGACAGCCACCUCGGGGUGA